GCUCUCUAUCGUCCCUAAACCAAAAAAUCGUGUGUCUGAAAUCGCGUCAACAGCGUGACCAGCGAUUGUGUGCGGAUCUUCACCCUGAAAACCGAUCAUUCGUUUCCGUCUUAUUAAGCAUUGCUCGCGGAUUUUUUUCCAUCGUAGACAAACCGUCUAAGCCGACUAAAACAAAAAUAUCUACCACCACGACAAACACCAAGUGAGAGACAAAGAAACGACGUUGUUUUCCUACUCCGACUUACGAUAUCCAACCGAUUCUAAUAAUAAGACACCUUAGUUUAAAUUGUACUUCAGCGAGACGAGCAUCUCGUACGCGCGUACGCCACUGACAUGGGCCCCAUUUUUUUCGUUUUUGUUUUUGGGGCGGUUUUGGCCGCCCCCCUUAACCGCCCCCAUGAUGACCUUGACGCCAUCAUCGACCAAUUCAUCGAAAAACUCUACCAAUAUCAAGCCACCGGCGACAAUGACGAACAAAUGCAAAGCGAUCAACCCCCGGAAAACAAGAUCGACAGUGCUGACAACAUGACCGACUAUCUACGCACUUCACGAAAUCGCCAACGAGAUUUCGAUAAUGACGACAGAGCCAAAGAUAACUGGAUUCAAGUCUUGAAAGAGAAUAUUUUGCGUCAAAUUGGUCGGAGUAACAUGACGGUGAUUAACGAUGAUAGCCGAACGAACGUAUCGAUGAUACCCGAUGUGUUCAAUCGGACAACUUUGGACGACGACCACAUUACCGAAAAGAUACGAAGCUAUUACCCCUCUUGUGAAGUACCGACGAAUAUGGAACAAGACGUAUGGAAAGAUGAGAAUAUAAUGAACUUAUAUUUCAACAAUUUUGACAAUUCGGAUGAAAAAGGCUUAAAUAUUGCGACAGCAACGCUGCGACUUUACAGAAUACCAACCGAAAAUGUCACUAAAACAACGCAAAAAUCACCAGAUUGUGACACCAGUAGUACCACCGAAGAUGAGAAAUUGUUACGCGUGUCCAUUUAUUGGUACACGCGCUCAGUUCGGAAGAAGAAAGUCAAGCGCCGCCUCUCUGACAGCAAAGUGAUUCAAGAGAGCGCCCGUUGGGUGGAGCUAAGUGUGAAGCCAGCGGCGCGCGCAUGGUCACGUGGUCGCAACCUUGGGUUGGCAAUCCUGGUCGAGGACCAAGAAGGCACAAUCCUCAAGGCGGAUCGUCUCUUCAAAGGAGCUUUAUGCAUGGUCGGCGCGUCCACUCCGAAACCCAUUCCGAGCAUCAUCAUCGACGCCGCUCGCCAAUCCAACGAACUUGACCGACGAAUUCAUAGCCUACUUGGAGGAAAUUCAACGUCGUCCGUAUCUGGUGACAUACCAAUGCUACCAACCAUAGACGUGUGCACGCUGGAAUUCCCCGAAAACUACAGCCAGCCGCCGCAGAUCGGACAACUUCGGAUCAAUGCGUGCAAUUUGAAAAAGUCACACGAACAUGCACGAAUGUUGGCCGAAAGGGACCGACUCGAACGGCUGGCGACUUUACCCGAACUUUUAGCGCCGAGACAUAUUCGACACCAGCGACAACAUCUCAAGUUCGAUCCAAGGUCGAAUAUUGUCAAUAAAAGGAUUCUGACCAAUGAGGAACUACAAGCACUCAAUAUCACCAUUGACAGAUAGGUGCGAACAAAUGACUAACAAAAAGGAUAAGACUGUGUGAAAUUUAGAGUAGGCUAUGUAAGUUAUUUUUUUAUUAUUAUUAUUGUGUGUGUGUAUAUAUAGAGUCACGUGAUUAUGACAGAUGGCUUUUUUUAUAUAGUUGUUGGUGCUACCUCAUGUUAUUAUUUAUUCUUGUACUUAACUCCAUCAAAUACGAUUUUUCCUAACUAGACUAGUUGUUGUAAAUAUGUAUAAAAACAAAUGCUAUCGAAAUAAAUAUCUUUUUCUACA